CAAUGGGAUUAUCCAAGGAGUUGAUAUUAUUAUUCUAAAAGUAUUAUUUAUUAAAUUAUUUUUAUAUAAAUGUUUAUAUGAACUUCUUGAUGGGGUCAAUGAGCUGAAGAAUUUGUGGACCUCUGUUCUAAGUGCGCACAUCCAUGUAAGAGCUACAGUUUCCCUCAUUGUCCUCGUGAGAAAGCAUCAUUGGCAAAACUUCCUUAGCCCUCACGUUUCAAUCUUCCUUUGUACUUCAGGCUCCUAUUAAAAACUGAAGUCUCUGGAAGUUAUAAAAAAAUCAUUCCUUCUUGAAUCGGAGCUUAACUAAAAUCUCAGGAAUGGAUUCUUGGUAUUUACUGUUUUACAGGGCUGUGGCCUGGAUUAUGAUCAUUUUAGUCAUUGUUAUCAACUGUAAUUUUAAAAUUUCCCCCAGCACAAAUAUUUGUGGUGGUAGUUGAAGCAUUUCCAGCUGGUUGCUGGACCAAUGCAUCAUUUUGCCAGGAUUGUCAGUAACUGUUUCUUUGAUUUGUAAGUCGCGCUUAUGCAAUCAGUAAUGGUACCUUGUGUUCUUGUGAUUCCUUCACAUGUCUUCUAUCACUAUCAGAGCCUUUUCCAGUGAUUUAUCCCUUCACACACGUCCAAAAUAUCUAAACUGUAGUUUCACAAUGCCACCAAUGACUAGCGUGCUUCACUUCAUCUAGUUUUCAGUUAUUUGUUCUUGUGGACCAAAACCAGCAGUUUUCUCCAGCAUCUGAAAAAAACUGAGAAUUCCAUGAUCUCCAAGAAAGCUUUAAUUUUGCUUCAUUCAGCCUUCCUGAUGGUCCAGGGUUUACAAAUCUCUGUUACAACAGAGGGACACCGUGGUCUUGUCUUUAAUAAUCUCUGUCAUUAGUAUAAUGUAUCUAUUCUAGUUUGUCUAGAAUCAAGAUCUAUUGUAUUUUUCCCUCAGGCAGAACUUUAUUUUAUGGCUGCGGUCACUGCCUUUGUGAAGGUUGUUACUACUUGAACUUGUUCCUGCCAAUGUCAUGGGUUAAAAUUAGAAUCUCACUGCCGUGACAUUUUGCUCUGUCAUAACUGACAGAAAGGGUUUAAUGGCUUUAACAAAGCGAUCAAGAUUCAUGACGGAAUUCUUACUGUACAGAAAUCUCUGGGUCAUGGAAAACCAUCUGUGGUUUCAAGUAAGUGGUUGAUAAAAUCCUUUAAUUCACUCCUGGAGGGGGUAGUGAAUUGGCAAGUUGUCGCUUCGCAGCUAAAAUUGGGAGCGUGCUUUUCAAAUGGCUGGUAGUUCCCAAUUGCCAAUCUUUUGCACAGUUGUCAGACAGGCUUUGUCCCAAAGCUUCUGACAGACAACAGGGUCUGCAUGUAAGACUCUAAGAAUAGGCUCUGUUGUUAAUGGUGAAUUAAUGGUUUGUCCUUCCUAUAGAAGUUUCUCCUGGAUGUCAAUUAAAAAUCCAGAAAUUGAAGGCAUUUGUCAAUCUAACGUGAGUUUCCUCUUUUGCUCACAACACUUCUGGAUACCAUGCCAAAAAGUGAAAAGUGGGUGCUGAGUUUGAAUGCGGAAGAGCUAUGACUGAAAACACUGUUUGUGUUGGCUCAUUUGUGGCUAUUAAAGACCUGUGGGAAGUCAGAAUCCAGAAAAUUACCGAAGAGCUUCGGAAGCAAAAAGAAUUCAGUCAGAAGGCUGCGGGGAGACUGACAAUUAUUUGGGAAGAGAGGGCCAGUUUGGCCAAGCUGAAAGGCAAAGUAAUCAACGAAGAUGGAAGGGCUGUUUUAAGGAUUGAGCAGGAAGAAUGGCAGACUCUACCUUCUUGCUUAUUGAAACUGAAUUACCUGCAGGAAUGGCAACUUCACAGAACUAAUUUGAUCAAAAUCCCUCACUACAUUGGUCGCUUUCAAAACCUCAUUGUGCUAGAUCUAUCUCGAAAUUCCAUUGCAGAAAUUCCUAGGGAGAUUGGUCAAUUGUCAAAUCUUCAGGAGUUGAUCCUCAGUUAUAAUAAAAUUAAAUUGGUUCCUAAAGAAUUAGGCAACUGCGCUGGCUUAGAAAGAUUGGAACUGGCAGUAAAUAGAGACAUCUGUGAUCUUCCCCAUCAGCUGAGCAACUUGAAGAAGCUUUCUCACCUAGACCUGAGCAUGAAUCGCUUCACUACUUUGCCACUAGUUAUCCUAGAUAUGCCUAACUUGGAGUGGCUAGAUAUGGCGAGCAACCGGCUGAAAGAAAUCCCUGGCAAUAUUGACAAAGCAGAAAACUUACAUACUUUGUGGCUCCAAAGGAAUGAAAUAACCUGUUUGCCUGAAUCCAUUUCUAAUCUUAAGAAUAUGACUACCCUUGUUCUCACCAGCAACAAACUGCAAGAUAUUCCUGUUUGUCUGAAGGACAUGCUAAAUCUAAGAUUUGUCAACUUCAGAGAUAAUCCAUUAAAGCUGCAAGUUACACUUCCUCCUUGCCAGAAUCCCGAAGAAGAGGAGGAACAAGAACUCUAUGGAAUUCAAUUUAUGCAUUUAUAUAUUCAGAAGUUGCUCAAUGGUGAAGAAAAUAUGGAAAGUGAUAUUCCAGGUGCUGCUGACACCACUGACUGAAGACGAAAAAUAACACUUAAGAUGAUAUGGUAUUAUAAUUUUUUGGAGCAACAGAUCUGUUGUAACAAAUAUUUUGAGCUGUCUACUUAUUAGUAUUUUUUUUCUGAUCUAAAGGAUGUUGUAAACUAUCCCUAGUUUGUUAAACACAAUCCUGGAUGUUACAAACUUGCAAAAAUCACGGAAGCAGUGAAACUCC